GUCAAUGCAGUUUUACAGCGAAAAGAUGGCAAGUGCAAUUCACCCACAAGCUCUAAAGAGAGCCACAGCGACCGCGACUCAGAUCUUGAAGACUCGAACAGUGAAUUUCAAGACGAAUUCAGCGAAGGGUCAUCAAAGAAGAAACACAGAAGGAAUCGCACAACCUUCACGACAUUUCAACUUCACGAGCUUGAACGAGCGUUCGAGAAAUCUCACUACCCCGAUGUCUACACACGAGAAGAACUUGCUCUCAAGAUUGACCUGCCUGAAGUCCGCGUACAGGUGUGGUUUCAAAAUCGUCGAGCUAAGUGGAGACGACAGGAGAAGAUGGAGAUGGCUUCCCUUGAAAACCUUCCUUCGCCAACCAUAAGCCGCACCAGCUUCAACAGUUUACCAUUCCCCGACCCAUGGAAAAGUUCCAUGACUUUCUCUCCAGCAUUUGGCGGAGCUCUAUAUCCACCGGUCACUCUCCCCACAUCUACCAGUAUCGGAUGCUACGCAGGGUCAUAUAACCCCACAACUUAUCUACCGUUCUCCUCGUAUCUACCACCUGGUGUAGGUUGUGUGGCUGCUGGUGGACACCCUGGACCCAGAGACGAGAGAAAGACAAGUAUCGCUUCAUUGAGAAUGAAGGCAAAAGAGCACAUGGAAAACCACAGUUUGAAAGAGUGGUCUGAAAUCCCGACUGCUACACAAUGAAGAACUGAAAAGAAUAAGAAAUAUCCGAGACAGAAUUAUUGUUUAUUUAAUGAAAUUUCUGACAAAGUUGUGUUUCAGUAUUUGCUUGCUUUAUUUUCGAAUCGCAGACUUAAUGAAUGUGUCCACACAACUGAAAAAUUUUGACGAGAAAUUCAAUUAAAAAAAUUCUCAUUAUUUAACCUAAAAAUCGUUCCGUUCCACAGAAAAGUUAUAAAUUGUUAGGUUGUCCAAUUCAAUUUGAAGUCUAUUGACAAAACAAUAAGAUGUCGCCACAUGCAAAUAAGCAAGACAAACUCAAUGUCAAAUUAUGCUCGGCUAAAAUUCUCUAACAGGAAUUUGGCACAAGAUUGAAAUAUAUAUCAUAUAGAUCACAAAUCGCAUGUUUCAUUUGCAAUUUAAGGUAAAGCAAAUCCGCUUCAUUGAAACACAUUGACUAGGAUUUAGGCAAACUUGAAAGCCUAAUUAUCCCAUAUAAAUGAACAACAAAAGCUCGAGUGGGCAAAAAACUUCUUCGACGUUCGAUAUUCUUUAUUUCUCGACACUACUUAAAGCAGACAUACAAUUAUAUUGUAAUAUUUAACAGGGUAUUUAAGUUCUCGUUUCCGUUUUUAACGUUGUUGUAAAUUAGACAAAUUCAAUCCAUGUAUAUAGCUAACGUGUUUGUCAUUAGCUAGAGCUCCGAUUAAGAGGCCUCAGAUUACAUAAAAGGAAGCUUUCUGUUUAUUUAGAGGUUUAAAACUAUAAUAAAGAAGUACAAAGUUGAAGAACGUUGUUUGCUUCAUCGUUUUUAACUUAAAAAACUGAAUUUUCCAUUGUUAUUCCUAAUCUCUCAACCCAGGAACAGUGUCUCUAGGAGACCCGACAAGCUUUGAUUGGAACUUUCCAUUGACUAUUAUUACAAAGGUGAUUUAAGCUGCUGAGAAAUUAACCUAUUGUGAAAAAAAGAAUCGCUAUUCAAUUCUAGCAAAUGACAAACGUCUAUGCAAUGCAACGAUAACCCAAAUCGUGUUGUAUAAUAUACCUUUUAAAAAUAGACGCGAACCAGAACCAUAAACGGCAAACCACGACAGGAAAGUAGCAAAAGAACAAUAUAUCUACGAACCACAUGCGUCGUGAAGGAAUGUUUGUUCACAAUCGCCCUUUCGACAAUCACUGUCUAGUCAAAAGGGAAGUGGUGUCUGUACAGCCGUCUAAUAAUAGUCUGAUCUAACAUGCGUCUGUCCAUUGGGAAGAAAUUGUGAAACGCACAGUUUGCUAAUGUUGCGAAUGCAGAUCGAGAGUUCUGUCGAAGUUCGAGGGCCGGAUGGCCAAAGGUUUUUGUAAGUGUUGGGAGUAAACACUGGUGAUCUUAUUAAGGCAUCCACACUAGGGAAGAACUCAUGUCCGCUCCUUGACACGAAAACCCGUGUAGUACUUCCUUUGCCUUGAAGACAAACUCUAAUUCAGUUCUAAAAUAAGUUUUCUGAUCUUGAGAACUGAGGAAGGAAAGUUAACUCAAUAAAAGUGUCCGCUUGAACAAAAAGCACUAAAUUGUUCCAAGCAGAAUUAGUUAUUUAAGCUAAAUAC